AUGAACGUACUCGUUUAUUCCGGCCCCGGCACCACGACCGACUCGGUCAAACACUGCUUGGAGUCUCUCAGGCGCCAUCUCUCGCCACACUAUGCGGUAAUCAGCGUCACCUCUGCAAUCCUCACCAAGGAGCCCUGGGAGGCGAAGACCGCGUUAUUGGUGUUUCCUGGCGGGGCAGACCUCCCGUUCUGCCGUGAGUUCAACGGCGCGGGCACCAUGCGAAUCAAAAAGUAUGUGCGCCAGGGCGGGCUUUUCGCAGGUUUCUGUGCUGGUGGAUACUUCGGAUCGGCGCGCUGCGAGUUUGAGGUGGGUAACCUCCUGAUGGAAGUUAGUGGGCCUCGCGAGUUAGGCUUCUUCCCAGGAACCUGUCGCGGUGCUGCCUUCAAGGGCUUUGUCUACGCGUCGGAGAGCGGCGCCAGGGCCGCCGAGUUGGUCGUCAACCAGGCCGCGUUUCCUGAGGUGGUUGAGAACUGUGUGAACUAUUACAACGGUGGUGGUGUCUUUGUGGAUGCGGAUAAGUAUGAUUCGGUAGAUAUACUCGCUGAGUAUGCGGAGGAGUUGGACGUUGCGAGCUCGGAUGGCCCGGCGGCAAGAGCAUGCCAGGCAGCGGUGGUGCUCUGCAAAGUGGGCAGUGGGUUGGCGUUGUUGACCGGCUCCCACCCAGAGUUUAUUCCGGAGUUGAUGAAGGGUGAGUCGAGUGACGGUGGGGUGGACCUGGCUUGCCUGCGCGAGUCUGUGUGCCGAUUGGCGAGCAUUUCAACUCGCUUGGGCGAGUCGAAUUACUCUCUCUUCCUUAAUGCCUGCCUCCAAAAGCUCGGUCUUAAGGUAAACGACUCUGUCACCCCCAUUCCCCGUCUCACCCCCCUUUUUCUCACCUCUGCGAAGCCUGCUGUUUUGGUAAAAUUCCUUCAUGGAAUCCGCGAGGAAGUGGGCAUGGACGACGGAAUUGUGCUCGGCACCAACGACACCUUCCGUUUUCACUAUUCCGAGUCCUUCACCCAAAUUGCCAAACAAGAUGAAUACGAGGACCCCGACACCGCGAUUAAAGAGGUCCAGGUGUACAAAAACGCCCUUCCAGGCUACAAAUCCACGCCUUUCUUCAAUCUCGAAGCCUAUUACUCGCACUUGCUCCACCACUGGGAGAAAUUUGGCUCUGUUGGUGACUUUGGCUCGACGCUUAUGUACGGAGAAGUGCUUACUUCCACCAGUACGAUGCUCGACAAAAACUUUAACCUCUUGAAGCUCUUUCCAGAUGGGUUUACCAUCACGGGCACGACCCAGGUUUCAGGGCGUGGGAGAGGGGGAAACGUCUGGGUUAACCCUCCGGGGGUGUUGGCUAGUUCGGUUGUGGUUAGAAUUCCGUUGUCGGGGGCUAAGACGUCGCCGGUCGUGUUUAUUCAGUAUGUUUCGUCACUUGCAAUGGUGGAGGCGGUGCGGAACUACGCGGGCGACGGUCCCUCCACUGGAUACGCGGAAAUGCCCAUACGUAUCAAAUGGCCCAACGACGUUUACAUCCUCAAGCCUGAGUUUGUCGGCAAAACCGUUUCCCUCGACUCUGGAGACCCCUAUGCCAAGAUCUGCGGCACAAUGGUCAACGCCAACGUCAUCGGAACCGAUUACACGCUUGUAGUUGGCUGUGGGAUCAACGUUGCGAAUGCAGCGCCUACAACAUCGCUCAACAUCGUGCUUGAUGCGUUGAAUUCCGUACGGAUAGCUCGUGGGGAACUGCCGUUACCACCCUACGGAAUGGAAAGGUUGCUUGCUGGGUACAUGUUCCAGUUUGAGACGAUGUACCGCGAGUUUUUGCGCUUCGGGUUCCGUCCCUUCUUGGACUUGUACUACCAGCGGUGGUUGCACUCUGGGCACGUGGUGAACUUGGAGGAGCAUCGUGCGCGUGCACGUAUUACUGGUAUUAGUUCCGACUGGGGCAUGUUGCUUGCGGAGGAGGUGGACGAGGAAGGCCGUGCGACGGGUGUGCGGUUCGAGUUGCAGCCGGAUGGAAAUUCGUUCGACAUGUUCCGCGGGCUCAUUUCAAAGAAGAACCGUUAG